UAAUAAUUCAGGCCGUUGGGUGGCUGCCUCUCCCCCUGCCACGCUGCAAAGGGGAGCUGUGCAAAAGCACCCUGGGGUCUGUGGGGCUGGAUGCCCAGGUCUUGGACAACAUCUGCCCCAGGGGGAUUCUCCUGGGAGCAUCCCUGGGAGGAUGCGACCAUGGGGCAGCACACGCGGCGGUCGAGCCUCCUCCUUCACGGCAUCCCGAGCCGCAUCCCGAGCCGUGGCAUCGCUGGCUGCUACCCUGGGGAGCCGGCAGUGGAUAGGGUUGGUCGCUCACUGGUGCUGCUGUUCCUGCCGAGGGCAGGAUGGCAGCCUCCGAAACGAUGCUCAGGGUUGGAAAUGUGUGCAAAUGGUGGCAAAGCAAUUAAAGGCCUACCUAAAUACCAAAAGCCCUGAAGGUACCAUGUGCUUAAGCCCUAUAAAGCCUUAUACCCUCCCAGGCCGUCCCCGUUGACCUCUCCGGGUAAAGCAUCCUUCUGCUCAGGGCAGUCUGUGCCUUUUGUGGGACCGAAUUCCUGUUGCUUGCAGUGGGUCGUGCUUGCGUGGCUGAAACCCCGGGCCCAGGACUCAGAGACGUGUCUGCAACUUGACUGUGUGCGAAAUUAGUUCCCAUUUUUUCUUUUAUCCUCAUUACCUCUCUUAUAAAAGCCCUAGGCACAGUAAAAUCCCAAAUUGUAGUGGCUCUGCCCAAGCACGACCUGUGCUUCCAGGGCUGCCUCUGCUUCUGGUAAUGGUAUCCACACUGACAGAAACCUGGUUUUUCAGCCCAGAACCCAAAGUUGUGGGUUUUGUGAAGGGAGAGGCAGCUUAGAAAUGACAAAUGAAGGCAUCUGACACCAGAGAGGGGGAAGCUGGGUGGCACAGCUCCUGAAGUCUAUCAGGAGGCAGGCAAUGCUGUUUCUCUCAUACCAUACAAAAAUCAACACCGAAGUAACCAAUUUUCCCAGAUCCUGCAGGAAUAGGGUGGUUGGGGAGUCCCAUCCCCGUGUCCCCAUUGUCCAGAACCUGUCAUUGGGGCAGCCAACAGUCACCAUGGUGACACGUGUCGAUGAUGGCGUUUUGCCACGGACCGUGGUGCCCCCGUUUUCCUUUCAGAGGCGCGACUCCGGGGCCGGCUGCCAGCCGUGUGCAGGGUCCGGCGUGGGGAGCUCCACCUCCCCGGGGCCGGAGCACAGACUUUGGCCCCAUUGCCCAGGGGCGGGCUGUCAUCCCGCUGCCCUUGGCACUUAGACCUUGCACUGCGGGCAGUUCGCUGGGCUGUAAACAAGCUGCCCUGUGAGGGUGGCUCUGUCGAAGUCUCUGAAAACCGCAGCGGCUGCCCCGAGGACCACGCAUUCUGCAGAGCCGGAGCCAUGCGUGUGGCCAUCAUCGGGGCCGGGGUGAUCGGCCUCUCCACCGCCCUGUGCAUCCACGAGCAGUACCACGGCCUGGUGCCCUCCCUGGAGAUGGAGGUCUAUGCGGACCGUUACACGCCCCACACCACCAGCGACGGGGCGGCCGGCUUGUGGCAACCCUACCUGAGCGACCACGGCAACCUGCAGGAGACGCUCUGGAAUAAAGAGACGUUCGAUUACCUCCUGGGGCACCUGGGCUCAGCGGCAGCGAAGGAAAUGGGACUUUUCCUCAUUUCUGGCUACAACCUGUUUACGCAGCCGGUGCCGGACCCAUCUUGGAAGAACAUUGCCCUGGGAUUCAGGAACUUAACACCAAAAGAGCUUGAACUCUUCCCUGGUUACAGCUACGGCUGGUUCAACACGGCGCUGAUGCUGGAGUGCAGGAGCUACCUGCCGUGGCUCACCAACAGGUUAAUGCAGAGGGGAGUGAAGUUUUUCCAUAAAAAGGUUGACUCUUUCCAGGAGAUGUUUGCCCAGGGCGUGGAUGUGGUGAUAAACUGCACCGGGAUGCGUGCGGGGGAGCUGCAGCCUGACCCGGAGCUACAGCCCGGCCGUGGACAGGUCAUAAAGGUCCUGGCCCCGUGGGUGAAGCAUUUCAUCAUCACUCACGACAUCAAAUCCGGUAUCUACAACUCGCCGUACGUCAUACCCGGGAGUGAGUUCACGGUCUUGGGAGGCAUCUAUCAGCACGGCAACUGGAGCGAAGAAAACAGCGCCCAGGAUCACAAAACCAUCUGGGAGAACUGCUGCAGGCUGCUCCCCGCUCUCCGGGAAGCAAAGAUCGUACAGGAGUGGAGCGGCUUGAGACCAGCGCGUCCCCGGGUUCGCUUGGAGCGGGAGACCCUCCGCCACGGGCAUUUCCAGGCCGAGGUGAUACACAACUAUGGCCACGGCGGGUUCGGGAUCACCAUCCACUGGGGCUGUGCCAUGGCAGCAGCCCGGCUCUUCGGGAGCAUCCUCCAGGAGAAGAAGCUGGCCAGCCCGCCGCAGCCCCGCUUGUGAGUCGCCUGCUCGCCCGGGGAUUAUCGUGACAGCAGUAGCUUAGAAAUCACUGCAGAAAGACGCAAAUAACACAGUGAUACGUGUGGGCCUCUCAACUCCCCCCCUCCCCUCGCUCCAGCACCCGUCCCUAGUGUCUGGUUUUCAGGUCGCUGCCAGUUCUGUGGCUGCCAUUUGCCAGACGGCUGCGUUCCCCCCACCCUGCCCUUCCCCAACCUGCCUAAAGGAAGUGCUUUAAAAUACGAACUAAUUAUCUGUGGCAAAGUGCGCUUCUGUCCCCGGGGGGAUCAGUCUGCAAAGGGCAGGCAGAGUUCAGCUGGAAUCUUCCUGGUGCUGCAGUUCGUCUGCGCCACGGGACGGGAUCUGAAACCAAGCCCGUGCCACCUGAGGUCUUCCCUGCCUGCUCCGACACCCAGCGUGUAAUUAGAUUUGCAAGCUUCCCCCAGGAGGCAAAAGCUCCUUAGUAGGAAGAAGCUCUGAAGCUCCCAGGGAAGUAACAACCGCUCUAAAAGCACGUGUUUCAGUUACAAUUGCCUGCUUACGUUCAUGCCAGGACAAAGCAUGGGUCUGGUCUAUACAGCACCUGGUUAGUGUAUCUGGCAAGAGACAGCAGCCCUUGCCUAAAAUGGGCUUUCCAAAUGAUGUUUUUAGCAACAAAAGCAACAUGUUCCAGCCCUGUGUACUUGCCAGACUCUAUAUAUAGCAGAGAGCAUACGGAAAAUAGCUGUUCUCGUCCCUAAAACUCCCACGGGCCCUUUGGUUUCUCAUUUUCUCCAGCCGUGAGACGCGCCUGGAGCAGCAGCUCUGAGAGAGGAGGUGGCUCGGGGCGGGUUGUGCCUCCCGAAGGAGUUGGGGACGACUCCCAGGGGGGUAUGACUUUCGGGGGGCGUUCAGUGCCGCUGCUAGGGACCCCUAGAUGCGCUGUUCUGAAGAGAAGAGUUUGGCCCAUUUUUCCACGCCGCUUGUUUUUCCUGCUCUAAAAACCACCACAGACAAGGUACUGAAUGGGCAAGAAGCAUUAGCCUCAAAUCCCGAGGCUGUCCCGAGCCCAGCACGCGGUGCCUGGCUCGCUCCGCUCUGCAGAUAAGCCAACUGGUUCUUACUCAUCUGUGAUGCAGCUUCUCUCUCCCCCUCGCUCCGUGCGCCAGAAAUAGCUCAUCGCCCUGAUUUGCGAUGCCCCGGGCAGCUGCACCCAGUGAAUGCGAGAUGCUGCGCUGCAGCUGGGCUCCUUCCACCUCCUCCUGGGCACCUGGAUUUAAAACAGUCCCACAAAAAGCGCCCCGGAGCGGCUCCCCGUCGAAGGGCCCGUCUCCUGAUGUGCUGCUUGUUUCACCGAGGAAAAGAGAAACUCGUGAAGGCUUUUUAGGCAGCGAUCCGCAGGCAGCGCUGCUGGAGACGGUCCACGCGCAGGAGAAGUGCUGCCUCGUGGACGCGUUCGAGACUUGUCUCAUUUUCAGCAGCGCUGUGGAGGUUACCCUGGCCCCGGGAGACCUUCCCGCAACCUCGUUUUCCACCGCACGCGACGUGACCAUUGUGUGCUCCUCCAGCGUACGCACCCUUGGCAGCCAGAGAGCUCUGACGAGCUUCGCUGAGCACAUCUGCUAAUUGUCUGCCCUUUUACCAAAGCGGCGAUGGUUACUCUCACCGUAAGGGUCGGAAUUUCUCAGCGGCUGCUGCCCGGUCCCCUUUCCUGCCUCUCUUCCUUCUGUAAAGGUGCGAGAGGGUUGUCUUUGCCUCUGCUGUGACACCUGCGGCGCUGGCAAAGUGGCGUUGCGCGGGAAUUCUCAUUCCUGGGGCACUCGAGUCCAAGGCAACACUUCGCUGUCGAAGGCACCAGCGAGAGCGGGAGCCCAGGCCCUCUGGCUGCAGUUGUGGCCUCCUCACAAAGGUGGUGUGUGAGGAGAUGUGGUGCUCCUCACAUCCUCGGGAAGUACAAAACGCCUUCUGCUAGCCGCGGAGAGGUGACAGCAAGCUCUGUUAGCUGCUACGGGGUCAUGGCACAGGUCAGGGCAGACCAGGGUCCGUCCUCGGAAGGCAGCGGAGCGUGGGGGGUGUUGAAGAGCCUGCUGAUGUCUGGUGAGGAGCCUGCUGAUGUCUGGUGAGGAGCCUGCUGAUGUCUGGUGGCCCAGGCACCUCCGCACUGUGCUUAAAAACCCAAGGGGGACAUAGGAAAACCAGGCGCCCCUGACACGUCCAUGUCAGGUCCAGUCUGUCUGUCAAAGGGGUUUCCCGCUUUAUCUGGCAGCUCACCUGAUAUAUCGCAGCCACAUUCAAAGGCGUAUGAUCAAGGAAAGGACAGAAAAACCAAGAAGACAAUAGCUGGAGAAAAUUUACCACUGAUUAAUGCUAAACCUGACGGUCUGUGGUAGCGCCUCAGUGGAAGCCAUUCAGUGAAACGGCAUCCACCCCAUUUCACUUGUUCCAAAUAUGAGAUGUUAAGGACCACGUUCUCCUCCCAUUUGCACUGCUGUAAAUCCCAGACCCCUUCCCCGAUUUCGGAAGAGCUAGGCUGGGUAGCAGGGGUGCAGCAACUUGCCAGAAGCAGUCGAUUCUUGCUGAUCUUAAAGCCUCUAGGAGCAGCUGAUCUGUCGUCUUAGGCAGGCGCUUAGAAAACAAGCAGAGAUGAUGAGAAGUGUAAUUUUAUUUGCAGUCUAAUUUUGCUUAUUUUCUAAAAGGCCAGGAUUUAAUA